GCCAUGGGCUUGGAAGGCAUCAGAGGAGUCUGUGAAGAGGACAUCAAACACGCCAUGCAAGGACACCUGAAAGAGGGUUACAAGUUCAAUGCUGCAUCUGCAUUGCAUCCGUCCGAUGAAGGCUAUAACGAGAACCCUGAUAGAAAUGACAUGGCAGACAUACUGGUCUGUGUUGUUUCUGCCAAUGCUGUGCCUUUUCUGAAGGAUGAUACCCUGAACAAGAUGCAAAUCAUCAGAACAGCUGCCAGAGACUAUGACAUUCCACAGAUGGCCAUUCUGACAAAAAUUGAUGAAGCUUGUCCAAUCGUUAAAAAAAGUAUAAAAAAUGUCUACAAAAGCAAGCACAUCAAGAAGAUGAUGGAGGAGCUCCAAAGUAAGCUGGGAAUUCCUUUAACUGACAUCUUUCCUGUGAAGAAUUACCACGAAGAACACGACUUGAAUAGUGACAUUGAUGUGCUGAUCCUAAAAGCACUGAGACAAAUUAUUCAAAUCGGAAACGACCACAUAAAUAAGGGCACAGAAUUUGUUCGUUAGCCUGCUUGAUGUAUUGUGGCGAUCGUGGACGUUCCGAGUGCCGCAAAGGAUCCUGAGAAGGUUCUGACUGUCGCUAAUUGGUGCGUAGCGUCUCCUGAGUGUGGUAAAUGAUGUAGAGGGAACCUCGGUGAGGGGAGUUUGCGAACACCACCACCGCCAACGAGGUGUUCAUGUUGGUGGGUCAUGAGUUUCACGUGUGUGGGUGUGUUUAAAUAAACGUAAUGCUAGACACUACCAUAAAGUAAAGAUGAAUGUGACAGGGAAAAGGGUAAAUUCAACAAGCUUAAGCAGAAGGGAAAAAGUGGUUUACACCAGACUAAGAUUAGGACAUACAGAUUUGAAUGCAACCUUACAAAUAGUAG